CGUUACUGCAUUCUGCGGUGCAAGACGGGCUCGAGUUCGGUGCGCCCAAAUGUGUUGGCUAAUGAAGACUGGGUCGAUGAACCGCUGUGUAAAGUGUGCUUCUUAAACCGCUCGGCUGCUCAAAACCCGAACAACCCCAUCGAGCAGCGAAACAGUUCACCGACGGACGCAACCAAACCCGUUGGCACUCGAUGAGGGUGGAGAGGGCGAAACUGAUUGGUUUUCGAUUUUAACGAAGAGCCGCCUUAUUUGACUCAGAACCGACUCAGCUUUUUCCCAGGAGAGAAAAGCAAGUUUGUGUGCGAGAACGCUGUCACCAGUGGUGGGGGGACUGACUGGGUGGACACUGGUGCACGGAGGGGGUGGUGUUUGUUUGGUAGGGGGGGUAACAAUCUGCGCGAACCUGGCCCUUUAAAUUACCUCCACAAUCACUGUAGACGAGACAAGCAAACUUACCUGCAUCUCCCUGAGCCAGUUUUAGUCUACAGCCUCUCCAUCAUCCAGAAUUUUCUCCUUUUACUUGGCACGAUAACCGAUGGCAGAGAAUGUCGACGACUAAUAACAUAGCCCAGGCCAGGAAGUUGGUGGAGCAGCUGAGGAUCGAGGCAGGCUUCGAACGUAUUAAGGUGUCUAAGGCUGCUGCAGACCUCAUGAGUUACUGUGAGCAGCAUGCCCGCAGCGACCCUCUGCUGGUGGGGGUUCCCACCUCAGAGAAUCCUUUCAAAGACAAGAAGCCUUGCAUCAUUCUAUAGCUACUCUGUCUAGCCCAGCUACCCCAGUCCCACUUUAACCGACGCCCAUCCCCAGUCAAUGGGCAAUUCAGUCCAACACUUCUUUUUACCUGGUAUUCUCCAGAAAAUAAACGCCACACUCUCUCGGUAAAAACAAAAAGGGGCGAUAUCUGUAUACCUAGCGUCAUGUAGCCCGGCGUCGAGUGAAUCUAUAUGAAUGAAUCUGCACAGCGCGCCUGUUUACGUUCAUGCAUAUAGACGCACUUAACAGGAGGUGGCAGAUUUGGAAUUUCUAAACUGUUUCAAAAGAUUACACAGAGACUGAGAGAUCCUCCAGCAUGUUUUUUCAGUGCAGCAGCUGACCUUGUUACCAUAGGUGAUGGAGGAGAGUAAAGGAAGACAGUCAUGGUUACGCUGACUGACUAGCUGGCUAGCCCAGUCACACUGUGGUAAACGGUUGUUCAGUAUUAACCCUGCAUUGUUACGUCGAAUCUGCAAGCUAAAGGUUCAUUUUAGAUUUGUAUGGCCAAAAUUGAAUCCAGGUAUGCUUAUCUUUAUCAAAACCGCACAUUUCAUGUUCUACGAAAGGGAUUCAAGACAUUAACCAGAGUUGCCAAUAUUUUUACAUGUUUUUUUUUUUUUUUUCUUCCUCAGUCCGUUUGUGAGCUGUAGUUUUUCUUUUCAUCGAUUAAAACUCAUUAGGAUUAAUUCUUAGUUUUUUUUCUAAUGUUUAUACUAUCCUCAAACACAGUUAUAAAGGAAUGAUUUUAUAUAAUGCAGAAAAUAUAUUUACCUAAUACUAUCCUUCCCAGCCCCCUCCUAAAGUGCAGUUCUAUAUAAAAAUUUGAGCCCUAUUAUUUGUGAAAUACAAGCUGAAGGCCAAAAUUUGGUAUCAAAUAAUAAUGAAUAUUUACUAUCCUAACAGCAGAGGCUUGGACAUGCCCCAUAAAAUUUAGUCGUUUCAAAGCCCCUGCAAAGGCCGUUUUUGUUUUUCUCUGAAACCAAACUUGAUUGUAAAAUCCAUACAGAAGGAAAAAAAAAAAAAUGUAUAAACUUUCUUUUGGAUAUGUUCAGAGGUGUUAACUUUGAGAAUAGCUGUUUGGAUUUGUUUUUGUUCCAAUUUCUUCUUUCUAUGGAAACAUGGAAUCUGGUCAUUGAGUAUGAAACUGUACAGUGUUUGAUAACUAAAGCGCAUUCUCUUUUUUUUUCUUUUUUUUUUUUGUGGAUGUUUUAUCUUUUUGUAAUCUUUGUGUAAUAUUUCCGUUUCUUCCAUCAUUCAUAUUUAACCAUCGAGUUUGUCCUCUUUAAGGUGAGGCAAAAGACACGAGCGAAGGAUUUGAUGGACGGCUUCAGUGCUUGCACAUGUGAUAGUAAAAGGGUUACCUGCUCCCUCUGAGGGAAUGUGGAACAGAUUGUUGACACGAUGCCCACACAAGGUGCUUAAGGCGUUGUUCGAGGCACGCUUCAUGAGGUGGUCCGUGUUGUUAAGUCUAUCUAAAGGGCAGGAUGUUCAGUGUUAUGCAACCGGCCGUCGGGUUUGGCUCGACCUAAACAGUCACAUGCAAAAGAUGAGUGGCAUGGUCAACCCACAACUCUGAAUGUUCAAUGUGUACUCACCGAGAGUGUUUUGGGUCACCAAAAGUGACGGUUUUGCAUGUGACGAUCCCGGAACAGUCUUCAGAUAAGUGCUAAAAACAGAAUUCCCCCAUUGUCCCGCUUCAUAUGCUGGAAAAUAACAACAUAGUGCAGGAAAAAGGGUCCUGUAGUGGGACAGAGGGGGUUUGUGCUGUUGAACUGUCAUCAGCUCCUGUAUUAAGAAUGACUAAGGCAUGUGGAGGUCACGAGAUGCUGUGAGUCAUCCAGCAAACAACAGAAUCGCUCAGUGGACAGAGCUGCUCCAGCGACAUCACUUCCUGUCAGUCCUGAACAGAGCAGUGUAGUGGCUUUUUUCAUUUCAAAAUAACUUGAGAGAGAUGGAGAAAAAGCAUCGUGUUAUAUAACGAAUGAUUAGAAUUGAAUCGCUUCAAGUGUUCCGUUAAUUCUCUGACUUUUCCAUUGCUAGCCAUGUUAUUGCAAAGGAAGAGCCACACUGAAGUCCGCAUUUCAGGCCAAGUGCGAAGUUCUCAAAGCUAGCGCUACUUUUGACCAGUCACCAAACCACAUUUGAUGGUAUUACACUGGAGCAAACACUGUGAACGUCAGCUAAGUUAGCUUGUAAGCAUUGAGUUCUCCACCAUCUUGACUCACAGUGUCGGGAUACACUUUAAGCGCUUACGUCCUGAAGUAACACCCCACACUUAGGUGUAAUAAGAAAACGUCUUGCUAAAUCGUGAGACCCGUUGUUUGCGAGCGCCAGGACACGUGAGCGUUGCGCGCAGCGAGAACACUUAAGGUGCUCAGAAGGCCGUGAUACCUUAACCUCAAUUCCUCGUUCCCAGACGUUGUUUGACUUCACACACCAUCGAGCUCUUUCAUGACCAUGAGAGGUGAGAUUUAGGCUUUGUGUGGGUAAUAUCUGUAGCCGAGUCCUUAGCCAGUAGAUUUCAAUCUCAGCCUGUCCCAUUAACUUUGUGUUUUUUCCUGUGUAUGCAUAUGUAUCUUUCUGCCUUGAUUAUGAAGAAAUAUAUCUAUUUUUUGUAAUUGUUCUUCUCGGAUGUGCCAUAAAUCAUGUUUUCUUGCACAAUGUUAAUAUUUUGUGGAUAUUGCUGUUUAAAAAUGAUGAUAUCGGAAAAAGUAGAUGAAAUAAAAUAAAGACAAAAUGUUACUCUGCAUUGAUGCGGAUCUGUUUA